CUGUAAGUACUUCCGGUGGCAAAUACAGUGAAGAAGAAAUCGUUAAUUCGGAGGUUUGGCUGUUGUGCUCCUAGGUUUUUAUUAUUGAUAUUAAGCUAAAAUAAAUAUAAACACCUCGACACAAACCGUUUCAGGAUUCCAAUUGCAUCUUCCUGAAACGUUUGCGAAACACCUUUGGACACUGGGAUUUGUAACUAGCCAGCUAAGUUAGCCACGUUAUUAAUUAGCUAGUUAGCUAACGCUAGCUACAAUUGCUAGCUCUAGUACACCGUUUGGCGCUGGUAGAAUGGCGGAGGAGGAAGACGAAACCAAUUUCGACGAGGAUUUGGAUGACGGGGCGGGUGGAACCGAUGGGAGCCACGGCAAGCGAAAACGGUUGUUUUCUAAAGAGCUUCGGUGUAUGAUGUAUGGGUUUGGAGACGACCAGAAUCCCUACACUGAAUCAGUGGACAUCCUGGAGGACCUUGUGAUCGAGUUCGUCACGGAGAUGACACACAAAGCCAUGUCCAUCGGACGCCAGGGCCGUGUCCAGGUGGAAGACAUUGUUUUCCUCAUCCGGAAAGAUCCAAGGAAGUUUGCCAGAGUGAAGGACCUCUUGACGAUGAACGAGGAGUUGAAGAGAGCCCGCAAGGCCUUUGAUGAAGCAAACUAUGGUUCUUAGGUCCUGUGGUUGUAGAGGGAUAUGGGCUUCAACAUGGAUUUUUUUUCCCGCAUUGUCCAUGCUGUGUAUUCUGCUAUGAUUAUUAAACAUGUUUUUAUAAGGAUCUAACGUUUAUUUUGUAGCAGAUGUGGCCAUAGAGAUGUUAAUUGACCAUCCACUUGUGACUUCAGUUAUGUUUGUGCUCAUGUCAAAUGCCAAUGCCUUAUAUACAUAUCUUUAUCAAAAUCAUCUGUGUGUGGCUUUCUGGCAGACUAGAUGCUAUGUUGCUGCCUUUCAGUUGGGAAUUAUACGUUUGUUCACAAAUAAUCUCUCAAUCUAAUAGCGUAGACGAAUAACAGGAUGGCAGGUAGCUGAGAGUUUUGCUGUUUCGAAUACCUGAGCUGACACUGAAAAAAAUGGUCUGUACCCUUGAGCAAGGCACUUAACCCUGAUUUGUUUUAGGGGGGCUGCCUACUAUGGCUUACCCUGUAAAACAUCACAAUUCACUGCACCUAUCCGGUGUAUGUGAAAACUUAAUACUGGAAAGUUCUCAUUAAAGUCCGUCUGCUGAAGGAUAUUGCUUUGCAGUAUAAAUCAUGUCAUGUGAGCUAACUUUGCUCUUGUGAGAGGAUUGUCCCAUUCCUCGCUAAGGAUAGGCAUGGUGAAAUGAAUACAGUAACUUACACCUUUUGACACCGUCUUCCAUCCUUUACGGAGAUAUUUAUUUCAGGACAUGGCCCAGAGGGGAGGUCAAUGUAGACUUUCUAUAUGAAUCCAUGGAUGAGUUUUUGUUCCGGGACCAUUUAACUUGCUCCUACAACUUUAGACAGUGGAUAUAUAGUGUUAUUGUUGAAUAAACUAUUUGGCCUGUGCUGUUAUUAAAUGUUUGCAAAUGAAUGCACAUGGACCUAACUGCAUGCAAUGAAACUGCAAGACGGAGUUUAUCCUUUGUCUCUUAACCCUGGGUUUCCUCAAACUCUGUCCUGGAGCCUCUCCCCUCCCCUCCCUACCUUUUGUUUUUUACCCAAGGACUGCACAGCGGAUUCAAACAACCAACUCCAAGCUUUGAAUCGGCUGUGGGCAAAAGGUGCACCCCUGGGGGGCAGGACCAACUUUAGGAAACCCUGCCUUAACUCACUGUAUCAGUACUCUAUUUUAAGUGGGACUCCUUUGGCUCAAAUUGUUUGCAUAAUCAAUAUAUUAAAAACUUG